CAUGUGAAAGAGCAGGCAGCCCAGGCCCCAGGUGUUAUCAAGCUUUUAAAUUCACCUAUUCUUGUCUUUGCAGUGUCACCUUGUUUACCUCGCAUAUGUGUACGCCCACGCAGCAGGAUACUUGAACUUGCAAAACCCAAGACAGUAUUUCAUGAAAGCAGUCCCACGCUUGUAUGGGGAAACCAAGAGACAAUAUGGCCCCUCUCAGGGGGUGCUAUGACAGCUCGACCAUCUGCAAGAAUAUUGGCUCUAUCCAGGCCCAAGGAAUAUUUUAGCACGUACCAGUGCAGGUGCAGACCAAUGAUCGGUGGGCGUACCGCACUAGCAAAGUUUGGCUACCCUUCUGAACGGCUGCUGAGGUUGGCUGAACCUAAAAAACUCCCCACUGCUUCUCUGGUCAGAAGAUCCCCUGAGUGGUCCGUGUCCCUGGCUGCACAGAACUAUAAUGCCUCCAAGCGUAUACUGGAGCUUGCCCAGCCAAAGAAGGUGCACCCAGACUUCAUGCCGCCCAGAGAGGUGCCAACACAAAUUUCCAGCUUUGCAACCUCGGCCAAUGCAUCAGCACGGGUCCAGAAGCUCGCAGAGCCCUUGAUAAGGGAGACAACCUGCUGCACUAAGCACACCCAUCCUGGUGAUCUCAUCUCUUCGGUUUCCAGGUCAUCUCAGAAGGCAGUUGCAAGCCCUCGGACCAUUGAGCUUUCGAAGCCGAAACAAGUCCAUGCUAAGUACAUUCCCCCACGGGAUCCUGAGUGGCCUGUGACACAGGCUGCCAAGCACGCAGUGGCUACACCAAGGGUUGUGGAGCUGGCCCAGCCUAGCACAAGACCUCGUAUGGGCUUGACUACACUCAACCCAGAUGCAUUCAAAGUGAAGGAGGCUGCUAUAAAGGCAGCUUGUUCUCCACGGAUCGAAGAACUAGCUCGACCAAUUCAGCGCUAAGCUCCCUCAGAAAUGCUCCUGCUAUCUGCCCACAUCACCCCUUGGAACAUCACUCUCUCUGGCCUGUGCUGUGGCUCGAAAAUCUCCUUGAACACAGUGCAGAGGUAGCACUCAGCAGGAACACUUUCUGUGAGUUCAAAUAAAAGCAUCAUUCCUUAAGAAUAGUCAUCAGGGAAAAUUAACAGAACUCGACCUAAUGUGGGAAGACUCUGUCCCUAGGAUGGGUUAUGUCUGGAGUUUCUCUCUUGAUUGCUGUAAUAGUUUAAGAAGUAAUGAAACAACUGCUGGGGGAAAGCAGCACAGGAACUGUCCUUUCACGUAGGGAAGUGUGGCAAACCACACCCAAGAGCACGCAGUAAGUUGAUGCAACACAAGUCCUGAAUUAGGGUUUAAAAAUUUUUGCUAAAUUUUAAUCAUCCUCUUACUGACACUCAGAAGUUUUGUGCUUGUGGCAGAAGUAGAAAUACAAAAGGCUACAAAGUAUGUUGAGUUGACUUGGAUUUGGGGCCUGUUUUCUCAAAUGCCUGGAGAACAGGCAGAUCCGGUUACGUAGGUGGGUGAAAAUCUGUGUGGUUCAGCUACUCAGUUGUACGACCCUGGGCAAAACAAGAGAGUUCUGCACUGGGAUAUUUGGAGCCUAACUCAAAAAAGCAGAGUUCCCCUCAGAGUAAGAGAGAAGACAAGUUGCAAACGCUUAGAAGGAAGCAAGUAUUGAUGGAAGAGUCUGCAGAACAAAUUCUGAGCUCCAGUCGGGUUUGUGGGUGAGUCAGUUUGGCAGCUGGAUUGCAGGGGAACAACAGCCUGUGUGGGGCAUGGCAUAAGGGAGAAUGCUUUUAUCUGCUUCCUACAAGGUCAGUGUGUUUUGCACUGGCUGCCCAACCACUGAUGACAGGCUGGAGAUACUGAGGCACAAGAGAUGCUCACCAGUAAGGGACAAAAGCCACAAAUGAAAGCAUAUGGCAGAUUCAGAGACAAUGUAUUUUAAUCUUCCCUGUGUUAAGCUGAUUCUCCUUCCAGAGGAAUAGAGGCAGGUGACCACAAACCAGAAGGGAUUAAUCAGAGGAUCCAUUAAUUGAUUCAGUAAUCCACUAAGUAGAGUGCUUCUGCAGCCUUUUGAACAAGGUAAGGUCACUGGGCAACGGUGCUGGUUAUUUUUAGAGCAGGCAUUGUCCUGUGCCAAAAUGGAUGAGAGUUUGGACUUCGUGCAAGAGCCUCAGUGCAGCUGCAUUCCUCAGGCUUGAGAAUGGCCAGAAGGAGACUGGGGUAUCCUCCUAAAGCCCCUACGCUGGUGGGGAACCCCAGCACCACCAGCCUCUACCUCUCCAGGGAUUAGGAGGUGUGUGGGGCUGUGUGGGCUGCCAUGCAUGGACCCACGGGUGCCCUGGGAGACGAGGCUGCCCAUGGCUGUCCCUGUGGCAAAGGGAAAACCCACUGUGCCCACUGAGGCUGCCUUGGAGCAACGUUGCCCUUCCAGAGGGAAGGAGUCUGCCUUCUGUCACGGUGGCAGGGAGCACAAGCAGGGACAUAAUAGACCUCCUCUCAUCAAAAAACAUUGGGUUUUUAUAAUUACACUGGGAAAAAUCCCAGAACAGACCGUGAAUUCUUUCUCUUUGGUGACCUUCAACAGAAAGGUAAAAAAGGCUUUCAAGGGAUGCUUGACUUUGUCUUACUAU